AUGCCCGCCAAGUCUGCUGCCGCCGCGAAGGCCCCCGCGCCAAAGAACGACAAGAAGAGCGCCGCGAAGGCUGCUCCGAAGCCGGCUGCCGCUGCGCCAAAGCCAGCAGCAGCUGCCCCGAAGGCUGCCGCAAAGGAGACGAAGCCGCGCGCCACCGCUGGCAGCCACAACGGCGUGUACGUGAAGAACUGGGGCCAGGGCUCCGUGGCGGACGCCAAGGCGAUCUUCAGCAGCGCUGGAAACAUUGUCAGCGCGCAGGUGCGUCGCCGCCGCUACGCCAUUAUCUUCUUUGAGAAUGCCGCCGCGGUGAAGAAGGCGAUUGACCUCUUCAACGAAAAGGAGGUGAUGGGCAAUGUUGUGACGGUUGUUCCCGCCAAGACGAGCCCGAAGCCGGACCCGCACGAGAAUUCUUCUGUUGUGUUCAUCUCCCCCAUCUUCCGGACGUCGGCGACGGACAAGCAGAUCCGUGAGCUUUUCGAGGGCCUGAAGGUUCUGCGCCUCCGCACGUACCGCAACAACUACGCUUACGUCUACCUCGACUCCCCCGCUGCUGCGCUGAAGGUGGUGAAGGAGCGCAACGGCACGGAAUUCCGCGGGAAGAAGCUGCGUGUCGCCCUCUCCACUCGCUCCCUUGAGAAGGAGAAGAGCCGUGCGGAUCGCGCGAAGCUGCUCAUGGACGCCCACAACUUCAAGAAGGUGACCCACACGAAGUAG